GCAUCCCAGAUGGGACUUCCUGCCUGAUACAAGGCAGGGACCCCGAAAAAAUAAUUUUGUGGGCAGUCCGGAACAGCAGGUUAGCCCAGUCGGCGCACGCACGACCCUGCGGGAGCGAAUCACCUCACGGACCGCCACCGGUCCACCAACGGACCAUAUUCCCCUGGUGCGGGAUGACGAGAAAAGACGUUGCCGAACUGCAGCGGGCUCCUGCAGGCCCGCUGUCGCGGAGGACAUCCUGCUGCCCCAGAGAGACGGGAUCCGGGAGGUGAGUGCCCUGCCCCAUGGCGAACGGCCCUGCGGGGCACACUUACUUUUUGUGUUGCAGGCAGGGACUGCCCGGAUCCGCAUCGGUGGCAACAGCGUGCCAAUCCUUGGGCUGUUGUCGACGGAGUCGCUGCAGCUCGAUAGGCCGCAGCAGCUGCGAAGCUGCUUGGAACAACGUCACCGCACCAGGAGAAAUAGAUCCAAAACGGCCGAGAACUGGAAGUCGCGCCCUGAGGCGGGCACAGGAUUGGUUGGUGUGACUGGUGCGCCCCCGAUGAUUGGAUGGAGGCGGGCCUCAGGAAUAUCAAUCCCGUGUUGAAGAAGGAUCUGAUGGGGCCGGAGGAAGGACCCCGCAGGGGGUGGCCAGCGGAUCUGCCUCACUGGAAGGUAGGGCAGCCAUCGGAUAACCCUUUGUGCUUGCCGGUGGCUCUGCGUGAGCUGGAGGAAUGCCUGCAGCCCGCAGAGUCGCUUUUGCAGGUAAUACGCGUCAUCUGUAAAGGUUUGAUGGAGCUGGAGGUGAAGGAGAUCGUAUCCGUGAAGACGCUGUGACAGUGGGCAGAUCGGCGCAGCGCUGGAGACUUCAGCCGGAUGGACGCAGCAGGGAAGGUAAUCAAAGCCGUCCCCGUGAAGAAUAUAUGUGAGAAUCUGCCAAAAUUGCCUGUGAUAACAACAAUCAGCAUCGAGUAUGCAGUUCUCCGACAGUAGAUGCGUUGCGGGGGGCUUUGCACGUGAUGAGGGGAGAGACAGCGAGAGGGCUAGCAGGACACAGGCUGUUGAGUGCCCGAGGUCCUAGUGCCCUCCGCCCCGAAUCGGUGGCAGUCUCGCCCCGCUCUACAGGGACGCAGACGGGAAGGAGUCUCUUUUUGCACAAUAAGGAGACUCAGACCGUCAGGGCGUCCCAGAGUGAUAGGAAGAAUCUAGGGGAGAAUGCCGGUUCUUCCAACAGGACGGGACGUGUUGCUGGGUGCACACGUCCGAGGAAUGGCCGUCCUCUGCGGAGGCAGAGGGAGAAUCCUGGGCAGGUGGAGGAGCCGCCUGCGAGAGCAGACCCGGCAUUGAAGAACGGACGGGCAUGGAACCGGUCAGGCAAGUCGAGGGCUAGCGACGGCGGGAGGAUCUGGUUCAAGCGCUGCAGGUCUGAAACCCCGACGAGCCGUUGGAACUGCCCCGUUGGGAACCUGCCCUCCUGGAACGGGCUGCUCCGUGGGGGGACGCUCCACUGGCGACUGGAUGGUGCCCCGGCUGGCGAGGACUGUAGAGGCGAGAGCGGUGCAGACCAGAGGGGCGAGAAAGCCUCGGAAGCGGUGCCAAAGUGGCGCGUCCCAGGUGUGUGGUGAAACAACAUGUCUACCUGUCUGUA